AUGACCGACCGGAGUGCCGCUACCAUGGGCAAGAGCGCUAAGCAGGAGCCUGCCAAAGGCGACGAUGGCAAGGCUGUGAAUCGCGACAAGAGCUCGAAUGCCACUGCUUCUGGCAAUCAUAAGGCCCCUACAAAAAAGAGACGCAAAGUCAACCACGGUUCUAGAUGUGGUGUUGCGCAUGUGCUCAUGGGGGUUCGCGCUGGGGUUCUUGUGUAUAUUGCCGACGAUCUAUGCAUUAAACGGAAUAUUGGACAUCUCUGUCACGAUGAGCCUCGUGAUGCCGAUUCCAAGAAGGCAAAGAGUGUUCAGAGCACCCAGAGCAUACAGGCGCCCUCUGUAGUUGAUGAAUCAGACGCACAGUCCGAUAUGGCUCGUAGCUCGAUUUCUAGUACCAUGGGCCCACCUCCCCCAGCGUUUGACACGACAAGGCAGCGAGGUUCCAAAUCCUUUGGGGGAGUGCUGGGUCAAGGAAGCCCACUGUCCAUUGUGCAACCCAGCCAGGUCUCGGGCCUGCAGGGCAAUGCGUUGAACAACGGUAACAGUAACGCGAAUCAAUUUGCGGGUUUCCAAGAUGCGUGGAUGACAGCUCAGAACCAUUUUCAUGAUAUGCACAGCUAUCACCCCAACUACAUGAUUGCCUCAGAAGUCACUCACGAGUUCAAUCUUCUCAACGACUUCCUCCAUACGAGUCUACUCGAUGACGGUAGUGUGCCGCCAGAGGAACAACAGAGCCCGGCAUUCAAGCGGUCGAGCCAGAGCCAGUCGGAGAUGCUACCCAGGUUUGGAAAUAACACCAACACCUCUAUGGGAGCCGGUGGUUCAAACACCAUGUCAAACAUGACAGAGGGAUCAAUGCUGCCACCCCCUCCGAAUGUUGAGGGCAAGAACAUUCCACGACCGGGAAGCGUUGUGCCCGCCGACAAGGCUCGCGAAUACUAUCUACAAGCUGCCGACCCAUCAGGCAACGACACGCCAGAGGAGCGAAUGGCGCGUGUGCUCAAGGCCAAGUACGACGCUGGACUUUUAAAGCCGUUCAAUUACAUCAAUGGUUAUUCUCGCUUGGGUGCAUAUCUCAAUUCGCACAUCACAACAGCGUCAAGGGAAAAGAUUCUGAGGACCAUCGCCCGCUUCCGGCCCGCUUUUCGAGAAAAGGCACAUGCUUUGACGGAUAUAGAACUUGUGUACGUUGAGAUGUGGUUUGAGAAACAGCUCAUGGACUAUGACCGGGUGUUUGCAAGCAUGGCAGUGCCCGCGUGCUGCUGGCGAAGAACCGGUGAAAUCUUCAGGGGCAACAAGGAGAUGGCAGAGUUGAUUGGCGUGUCAGUAGCUCAGCUCAGAGAUGGCAAAAUCGCGUUGCACGAAAUCCUCACAGAAGAAUCAGUGGUGCGAUACUGGGAAGAGUUUGGCACGAUUGCCUUCGACCCAGCGCAUGAGACCCUCUUGACGGCCUGCUCCCUGAAGAAUCCAACCCCUGGGUCAACGCAUCCAGUUGUGAAAUGUUGUUUCUCGUUCAUGAUCAGAAGAGAUGAGCACAAACUGCCAGCUCUGAUUGUUGUCGGAAUUGGGAACGGCGCCUGGAUACAAGGAUUCGGAGCUAUCGGGACAGAAUUCGCGUCAGAUCUCUAUUCCAAGUUGCCCACCUCAUGUGACUCGAGCUCAACCGAUGUUCUCCUUUCCGACCUGAACCAUCACAUAACCACAGCCAAUCUUCUUGCGGAGAGCCGCAUUGCUCCUCCGUUAGAAGUUUCCAGGAAUCUAAAGGACAUCGGAAGAAAGCUAUGGAACGAAUGUAUCAAAGAAAGGAGAAAGAGGGACAGCCUCCUGCAGUCCGCUUCUAGGACUCAACUGCUGGUUCGUACUCGGGUUCUGGCCUUCCUCGCCCAUGCUCUCGCACGGGAGCAUCGACGUGGUAAAAGGAGGGAUAAUCUGGAAGAAAUGAUAUACAUGAUGGGCUUGUCACUCACGUUGGCGCGAGUUUGUGUCGAAUCAUCGGACUUGGACGGGGCGCUUCUGAGUAUGGCCAAAGCUGCGGACUACAUCGACCGACUGAAAAAGAUCGACAAUUUGACCACUGAAGAUAGGGCGCACGUACAAAAGAUGGAGGCUGAAUAUUUGACCAUGCGAUGUGCUUUGUCGUGGAAACAGGGCCGUCUCGACGUUGCGGAGCACAUGUACGCCAAAGCAGAUGACCUCUUACACAAUCUCGAUCCAACUUCUGCUGAACAUUUGGCUGACACGUUUCACGGAAUUGGGGGCGACCUCUUGUCGAGAGGCGAUAAUGAAAUGGCUUUAAAGUGGCUCCGGCGGGCACUUGACCUCAUAAAUGACCAAGCGCUAGAGAGACUUUCAACAGAAGGGCUGGAACUUCGAAUAUCCAUCCACCACGAACUUAUACAGGCACUGCUCGCCACAGGGUCGCAAGACGGACUACAGGAAGCUGAGGAUAUAGUGUCGCAUGUUGAAUCAGAGAUCGGGGACAAGCCUGUAGUACUACAUUGGAGGCUCGAGAUUCUUCAACGAUCUCCAAGCGAAGUCUUCAAUGCCGAUGCAUGUGCGAGUAUCUUGCGCCGUAUGAUACGGUCGCUCGAUCUAUCGGACGCUGGGCUUGGCUUUCUUCUACAUGGUAUCAGCGAACUGCGGAUGCGAGGUCCACGUUUGGCCAUAGGUCUCAUGGAUGAGUUAUUGCUCAGAAAACUCAUGCCUUCCCGUAACAUUGACUGGAUAGGCAAAGCCAUUGUCCGGCGAGUUUGGAUGGGCACGAUGGAAGCAGAUGCGUCUGUGAGCGUAACAGAUUUAAACCAGACCCUGGAUCAGCUCGUUCAAGAAGCUGGUCAGUGUGAUCUUGAGGCCUCGACUGCUGCACUUUCUCUCAUCUGGAAGAAGCUCGAUACUACUUAUUCCAAAAAGCAGUACAAGGAAUCCCAGCUUUGGUGCCAGGCUGCGCUCCACUCUAUCUUUGCGAAUAGUGGCGAGGCGUGUCAGGGCAAGUUCAGCAGAAGGCUGGUGCUGUGCGCUACUUCUUGUAGUGAUGCAGAGGCUGCACUUUCUGCAUUUCACUCAAUGCCUAGAAGCAUACAGGAUGAGCCGCUCACCAGAUACCUCAUGUUCCGGGUUUCUCUUCUGAACUGGGACCAUGACUUGGGUCGUCAAUGUGUCGAGUUCCUAGGUGUACGAUCAGGCUUUUACAUUCGCUUGAGUCGCAAGAGGGUAGCGAAGGAGACCCAAGUCCUGAACUUGCGGAAGAAACUUGCCGAAUUUUUGAAAGGGGGGAUGUGGCAUCUAAUCCGCAUUUUCCGUGCGUGUCUCGCAUUUGUGGAUUGUUACUCAUCCGAUCUCCCUUCGGAGGAUGAUACUGAUCUACGACUUAUGUCCGUCCGUUGUCACUUUGUCGUCGCCGCGGCACUUAUCUCCCAGGCUCGUACUGGGGACAAGGUAGAUGAACAGCUGCAGCAGUACCUUGAAACAAGACGGCACAUUUCAGAAUUCGACACCCUUUUUGACGCUCAAUUCCGAAACGAUCCCAAGUCUCAGAUAUAUCCCGACCUCCUGGCCAAGCUGUCAACGCUUUUUGUCUUUGACUUUGAGAGUGCCGUGUGCUUAAAGAGUUGGGACGAUCUUGGCCAGAUCAUUAGGAAGGCUCGAAUAUGCAAAAAUGAGAUGAUGUAUAAGGCAAUAGGGGACUGCUUGUUACGGAGUGAAGCUUCAGGAAGCGUCGUAUACGGAACCAUGCGGCUUAUAAUCAAUGAGAUAUUCUCACUAGAGCAAUUUGACAAUCAGCAACUCGCGAAGUACAUGCGAUGCAUGUUCCAAGCUAUCCUACCCCUGGAUGACAACCUUGCUUUCCAGGUUGUGGAACAAGCAGUCCAAAUAGCACGCGAAGGAAGCCAAAUGCGGAAGCCUUUCCCUGCAGAGGACUUGGACUGGAUCAUCGCAACAACAUUUAAUCAUGCGAUUGAUAUCUUGGCGAGAGGUGACAAGGAUCUAUGUCAGCAAUGGGCUAUGAAGGCCCUUGACCUGACUGAAUAUAUGGAUGAUAAUGGCGAUAUACGGGAUGUGCUGCGUGAGAGAGUUGUCAAACUGGGCUUGAGUAAAGGGGCACCUAGCUGA